GAUCUGUAGGCAGGUAAAUGAGGACAGAAAGCAGCCAUCGUUUUCUCAUGUCAGAGUGAAAGAGACAAGCUUUGUCAGUUUCGCCUCGAGAACGAUCAACUCCUCAAACACCUUGGGAUCAGGUAGAAUUAGAGGAGCUACUUUCUUUUUUUUUAAUGAAAAGAGGACUUUCUUAUCUUCCCUUCCCUUUUCUUUCGGUAGAGGUGAUCACUCGAAAGGUGAACACUUUUUUUGUUGUUUUUGUGUGUUUGAUCCUUUGCUUGUAGUUCUCCGUCAUGACGGCUUCGCACGACUCUCUGGUGGUUUUGUAUGGGGCAACAGCUGGUGCAAGUGGGGCUAAACUAGGUUCGGAUGAAAGGGAACUAGUUCUCUUGGUGUGGCAAGUUGUGGAUCUACACAACAAGAAGGUGGGAGAAGUACACAAAAUCCCGGUUAAAGCCGACAAUCCAGAGUUAAGCGAACAGUGUAAAGAGGAGUUGGGUUCCUGCGCGGAGGAAAUCGUCAAGGCGGAGCCACUCGAUCGAGUUAUUGAACAGUUCAACCAGCUGGUGUCAAACGAGUUGAAAGCGCUUGGGAGAAGUUCCUACUGCCUUUGUACGGAUGGCCAGUUACUUGUUCGACAGGUCCUGCACCCAGAAGCCUCCAAGAAGAACUUGGUGCUGCCGGAAUGUUUCUAUUCGUUUUAUGACCUGCAGAAGGAGUUUGAGAAGUGCUGCCCAGAUGCAACCUCUACAAAAGAAACAUCCAUCAGUUCCAUGGCAGAAUACUUGGAGUUGAGCACAGACAAUGCAGUCAGUGAGUUUGGUGUAUUUGACGUGACCAUCAUGGGUUCAGUUAUUUUGCAGUUAAUUAGUGAGCCUUACAAUUAUCAGUUCAAAAACUUUGAAUCAGUCAACUACAAGUUUGAAACUGGUCCCUGCAGCAAAGCUGAAGGAGUAGAUGGUGAAACAGUAAUUCGAGCCAGAGGUUUGCCAUGGCAGUCGUCCGACCAAGACAUAGCACGAUUUUUCAAAGGACUAAACAUAGCAAAGGGUGGUGUUGCACUGUGCCUGAAUUCUCAAGGAAGAAGAAAUGGAGAAGCUCUUGUCAGAUUCAUCAAUCGCGAACAGAGGGAUCUUGCACUGGAGAGACACAAACAUCAUAUGGGGAGCCGAUACAUUGAGGUGUACAAGGCCACUGGAGAAGAAUUCCUAAAAAUAGCUGGAGGUACCUCAAAUGAAGUGGCACAAUUUUUGUCGAAGGAAAACCAAGUUAUAAUACGAAUGCGUGGCUUACCUUUCACAGCCACAACAGAGGAUGUCCUUGGCUUUUUUGGAAAGGAGUGUCCUGUUACAGGUGAAAAGGAGGGGCUCCUCUUUGUGAAAUACCCUGAUGGGAGACCAACUGGGGAUGCAUUUGUACUGUUCGCAUGUGAAGAAUUUGCUCAGAAUGCACUUAAGAAACACAAGGAAAUACUGGGGAAACGUUAUAUAGAGCUGUUCAGAAGCACUGCAGCAGAAGUUCAACAGGUGUUAAAUCGAUACAUGUCUACGCCAUUAAUUUCAACACUCCCUGCUCCAAUAAUCCCUGUGAUACCUCAGCCGUUCAUUGCCACUGGAAGUACCAGAGAUUGUAUUCGUCUACGUGGCCUCCCCUACACAGCAAGCAUCGAGGAUAUUCUGGACUUCAUGGGAGAAUUUACAGUUGACAUAAAACCACACGGUGUUCACAUGGUGCUGAAUCAACAGGGCCGACCUUCAGGUGACGCUUUUAUUCAGAUGAAGUCCCCAGACCGUGCCUUCUUGGUUGCACAGAAAUGUCACAAGAAGACAAUGAAGGACAGAUAUGUGGAAGUGUUUCAGUGCUCCGGAGAUGAAAUGAGCUAUGUUUUAAUGGGUGGCACUUUAAAUCGUAGUGGCUUGUCUCCGCCGCCAUGUAAGUUACCAUGUCUCUCGCCGCCAACGUACCCGACAUUCUCGCCCGGGCCUGCUGUAAUACCAGCUGAGGCGGCCCUCUAUCAACCGCAGGCCCUCUUGGCUCCAGCACGGUCAGCUCAGCCGGCGCCACCCGCAGUUGCCUAUUACCCUGCUCAGGCAACAGCCACUCAGCUUUAUAUGAAUUACACGACCUACUAUCCAAGCCCUCCGGUAUCCCCGACGACGGUUGGAUACUUCGCAGCCCCGCAGGCAGCCAUAGCUGCUGCGGCGUCGUCGGCAACCCACGCCAUGUUACCACAGCCAGGUGCACUUGUCCGCAUGCAGGGCCUGCCUUAUAACAUUGCAACGAAAGACAUCCUUAGCUUCUUCCAAGGAUAUCAGUAUGCACCUGAUGACUACAGCGGCCUUAUUCAGAUGAACGAACAAGCAAGGAGUAUGUAUCAGGCACCCAAAGAGUGGGUCUGUUUGUAGAUGACCAACUUUACAAAUGUCAAUAAGCUUCAAGCAGAUACCAUCUUAAUUCUGUAUAACUUCAAUGGCCAGCCCAGUGGAGAAGCUUUGGUGACUUUUCCAACCCUUGAGAUGGCUACACGAGCUAUAUCGGAAAAGAAUGGACAACUUAUUGGUCAUCAGUACAUAAGCCUCCGAUUGGUGUAAGGCCCAUCAUCGAUUUGCCAGUCUUCGUACCCAUGGGAAAUGCAUGACAAGUCCUUAAAGGAAAGUGGCCUUGUACAGAAUGUGGCAAAAAAGGAAACUUACAAAGUGUGGGACACCCCCUUUCUGCCAAAGGGUCAUGCACUAAUGCAAAAGCCAUAAUAAACUGCAAUAUUCUACCUUUUUAACUACCAACUUGCAUUUAUGAUUUUGACUUCAUACUGACGUGGAAGUGACUUGCAAAACUUGAGAAUGCUAACUAGUUAAGUUAUAUAUUUUAUUUAAACCUAGUAGCUUCAGAGCCACAUGUAGACUUGCUGUUCUUAAUGUGCAUGCAGUGUUUAUGUUAAACCAUUUGUAUAUUAUGACACAAAGAUGCUGCUUAUAGGUAUUGCCUCUAAUGCAUGCAAUAGAAAUUUUUUGUAUAUGCCUGUAAGCAAUAGGGAUGAAUUUUUUUACACUAUGAUGACUAAGUGACAAAUUACCUGCUGUUGGAGCACUAAUACCUUGUUAUCCAUGAUUUUCUUCCCUAUGUGCCUUAAUGCAAAGUGCAAUAUCAGCAGAACAAGAUUUUGAAAAGGUCUCAUGUGAGGCUGAUUGAGUUGUAUGUACUUUAGUUAAUAGAGCAAGUUUGAAACUUGGAAAGUAUAAAUUGUAUGCUUUGUAUAGCCAAUAAAGUUUAAAUA